AUGGGCUCAAGUCGCUCUUGUAUCCCGCCCUUGGACGGGCGCUCCAUGCCCUGCAGAGCGGCCCGCGACAACGCGGUGGCCGCGGCAGCCCGGAGCAGUGCGGGGAUCCGGCCUGCGGGCCCUGGUCGCUUUUCGCUUGGCCCUGGAGAUGCCUCCUUCGCCUGUGCGGGCUGCUGUUGGCUGGGAGGUGCCGGGCAGGGCUUUAAAGCAAACCUGUCCCUUCUGAGGCGGCCCGGGGAGAAGACCUAUACUCAGCGCUGCCGCUUGUUUGUUGGCAAUUUGCCCGCUGAUAUCACGGACGAGGACUUCAAAAGACUGUUCGCCAAAUAUGGGGAGCCGGGCGAGGUGUUCAUCAAUAAGGGAAAAGGAUUUGGUUUCAUUAAGUUGGAAUCCAGAGCUCUUGCAGAAAUUGCAAAAGCAGAACUGGAUGAUACCCCCAUGAGGGGUCGACAGCUCCGUGUCCGAUUUGCCACGCAUGCUGCUGCUCUUUCAGUGCGUAAUCUUUCACCCUAUGUGUCCAACGAGUUAUUGGAAGAAGCUUUUUCCCAGUUUGGUCCAGUGGAAAGAGCUGUUGUGAUUGUGGAUGAUCGAGGCAGAUCAACAGGAAAAGGCAUUGUUGAAUUUGCAUCAAAGCCAGCUGCAAGAAAAGCAUUUGAACGGUGUACCGAAGGAGUGUUUUUGUUGACAACCACUCCCAGGCCAGUUAUUGUAGAACCGCUGGAGCAACUGGAUGAUGAAGACGGUCUUCCAGAAAAGCUUGCUCAGAAGAAUCCGAUGUAUCAAAAGGAAAUAGAGACUCCUCCCCGUUUUGCUCAGCCUGGCAGUUUUGAAUUUGAAUAUUCCCAGAGGUGGAAAUCUUUAGAUGAAAUGGAAAAGCAGCAGAGAGAACAAGUGGCAAAAAACAUGAAAGAUGCCAAGGACAAACUUGAAAGUGAGAUGGAAGAUGCUUAUCAUGAACAUCAGGCAAACCUCCUGCGUCAAGACCUUAUGAGACGUCAGGAAGAGCUGAGGCGUAUGGAAGAACUCCAUAAUCAGGAAAUGCAGAAACGCAAGGAAAUUCAGCUGAGACUUAACAGCCUUUUGCAAUAAUCAGGUCGCAGAGGGGAGGAGGAGAUGAUGAUACGUCAGCGAGAAAUGGAAGAACAAAUGAGAAGACAGAGGGAAGAGAAUUAUAGUAGAAUGGGUUACAUGGAUCCAAGAGAGAGAGACAUGAGAAUGGGUGGUGCCACCACAAUGAACAUGGGAGAUCCUUAUGCUUCUGCAGCCCAGAAAUUUCCACCUCUCGGAGGUGGUGGCGGCAUAGGUUAUGAAGCUAAUCCAGGAGUUGGCCAAGCAGCCAUGAGUGGUUCUAUGAUGGGAAGUGACAUGCGUCCUGAACGCUUUGGGCAGGGAGGUGCGGGGCCUGUGGGUGGCCAGGGUCCUAGAGGAAUGGGGCCUGGAACGCCAGCAGGAUAUGGUAGAGGGAGAGAAGAAUAUGAAGGCCCAAACAAAAAGCCCCGAUUUUAGAUGUGACCUGUAGUUUCAUUCCAGUUUGUUUUUGUCUGUCUUGUUUAGACACCAACUUUUAAAUUCUUGCAUUUUAGUAAGAAAGCUACGUUUUUAUGGAUGUUAGAAACUUACUGACCUAAUAUUUGUAAGUGGUCUGUUUGGGCAAGUACAAUUUAAUUAUGUAAUGCAGUGUUUCAAGACAAAUUUAGCUGUUUUUUUGAUGUAUAACGUCCCUAACUUGAUGGCAGUGUACCUUGUGCCACUGAACUCCCAAAGUGUACCAACUUUUUUUUACUGUGCUUCAAAUAAAUAGAAAACUAAA